UUCUGGCCCGGCUGUACUCUAGCGCCCUCUAGUGUUGCGGCGGCGCCGCCUGUGGGUGUGGGGAGGGCUGUGCUGUAUCCAGGGGCCGUGUCCAUCUCCGUUACAGCCUGCUGUUGCCGCUCGUCUUCCCGGGCUUCCUGGGAGGAGAUCCGGCAUGUCAGAGAGCUGGAGCCUGAGUGUACAGAGCGGCGGCCCGAGAUCCAGGUACCGGGACGCACCUUCCAGCCGAGUGCAAGACAUCGCUGAUAUGUUGUGAGGAACAUGGACGUCUCGUUAGAGGUUCUUCUAUCUACCAGCAUCAAGAGGAAAAAGCCGUGUCCCAGGCUGUGCUGGUUGGGCCAGGAGAAGGAAGGCGUGUUCCUGGUUGAUGAGCGGCAGGUCAGCGAGGUGAAGCUGCGGUCUGGCCAUGUGAAGAGGACGUUAUUGAAGAAGAGCAGCAUUGUGAUCCUUGCUACGUCUGAUAAUGGAGCCUGGCUGGCCGCCCUGCACCUCACCGGGGAGCUGUCUCUGUGGAAUAAGGAUUUGGACUGUCUGCAGAUCAUUCCGGCUAAUGGCGAGAUCUCGGAGGAAAUCGUCUCGGCUCAAGGAAACUCCUUGAAGCUGCACCUUUAUGUGUGUGAUGCCGGCAGCAGGGUUCUCCUGGCGACUCACACCGGCGCCGUCUACCUGUGGGAGAACACCGAGCAAAAGCCUCCACCCCUGCCCCAGAAGAAGAGGGUCCUGCCGAGCCGGUGGAGCAAGAUAGAGCAUGGUGACAGCGGCCUGUUCCCCAGUGCGACGGACAAGGAGGCGACUGUGCACGCCAUCUUCAUCAAGAAUGAGGUGCUGGGCGACUGCUGCUUGUGCGCGUUCCUCUUCUAUUCAGGACUACGGCUUGUGAUGACUUUCCUGGCUCUGCAAUGGUUUGAGAAGGAUCAGAAGCUGCACAGUGCGGCCCCAUACCAUGUUCAAUGGACCACGCAGGACCUGUCUUUGGUCGGCAUCGCUCCGUCCUGCGCACCGGUGAAAUCCCGAGGCUCCUUGCUGGCUCGCUUCUCCAGAGACGGGUCCGUUCUGACCGUGGCAUUAAACCAAAAAGACCCGAAGGAGACCCGUGUCCUCUUCAUAAACACCAUGAACUUCGUCACCGUGUGCGGCAGCCUGAGGGGGUGCGGCAGUAGGGAUCAGCCGAUCCCACCCAGAUUGCUACGGUCGUACUGGGUGGCAGAUAUGUCCUGGACUGCGGACAGUCUCUUCCUGGCCUGUGUACUGAAGAGAGGGUCUCUGCUUCUGCUGACUCGGAUGGGUGAACUCCUGACUCUGACAACCUUUGGAUGUAGCGUAGAAUUUGGCCCGGCAGAGUUUAUCCCACUUCAUCCAUUCAUUACAUACAGACCCCCGGUGCCGUUGGCAGAAGCCUCUAAUCCCAAUGACUCGCUGGGGUCGGUGGCCUCAGAAGUGGAUCUCAUGAGACAGAGAUAUUCUGUGACCUGUCACCCUCGUCUUCCCUACGUCAUGGUGUCCGAUGGAUAUAUGGUGACCGCGUUGCGCUUUGCAGAAAACGUCUCCCCGCAGAACUUCAUGAAGUCGUUACUGCUGGACACGGCCCAGAGACUGGAGAACGUGCGGCAGGUCCUGCAGAUCGGGAAGUCAAGGAAAAAUGGCGUCAUGCUGAGGCCGCUCUCUUCAUUAAAAGCCACGUUACUGAAGGACCCUUGGAAAGCACCCUCCACGAUGUCAUCUGUACCGAGCUUCCUACAAGAGGAGGAGGACGUCUGCGGACACCUGCAGAAGGUGCUUGCCCAGGAGGACAGUGAGGAGUCCGAUCAUCAGGAGGACUAUACACCUACUGCCCCUGUGGGCAGUACCUUCAGCAGAGCUGAGCAGGGAAGACUUGAAUUUGCUUCCAUGUUUGAUACAAUCCACGCCAGUGAUCAAUACAUAGAGAAGAGCGAUGUCGUGGGUGAGCUGCUGCGCAUACAGAGAACCAUACUGAUGGCCUGGGCGGUCGGAGUGUCCAUGGGUAACGUGGCACAGACAGGCACCUUGCUGCGCUACACCGUGGGCUGCCUGUCUCACCUCCUGUCCAUUCUCCAGAACCCCAAAUGUCCAACGCUCAAAUCGGAUAAAGGGAAAUCAAGCGGAGACCCCUGGACGUCCUGUGUGUCUGUCUUCCACCAAUGCCUCACGGCGCUCUCCUGGGACGUGGCUCCACGGCAGACCAUCAGUCACGUGAUAAAACUGACCGCAGAGACCCUCAAGCUAAUCCUUCUCCAGCAUCGGCAGCUCCACUCCAAGAGUCUCCUGGAAGGCUUCUGCCUGUUAAAGAUGGCGGCCCGAAGCUUGAAAUCAAUGUACGCGUUGAGGUUUGAGGCACCUGCAACAGACGACGUGGCUCAUGGUGACUUUCUGAAGACUCCAGUGUUCGAAGCAAUGAAACAGCCCAUCAUAGGGUCACCUCUUCAGUGCAUUAUUAAGGAACCCCCAAAUUUAGGGGUUACUAUGAAGUCAGAGAAAAGGUUGGCGGUGCUCUGGCGUUUCUUGUAUGAUCAGACCCUUAAGUACCAGACAAGAUUAAGAAAGCAGAUUGCUCUCCACCAGUCUAUGCAGUCGGCACUGGAGGUCCAGAAUGAGGAGAAAGCCAUUAGGAACCUGUUAUGCCAUAUACAGGCCGAGCUCCAGAGCGGGGGAGGACGUUUAUCGGGGGGCGUGCAUCUCCUUCCAGUCAAUGGGGAAGAAUAUUUCUUGUUGGGAUCGUACAGAGAGUCGGUAGAGUUCUGGAGAAAAGCACUACAGGAGACCGCCGAUCGAGGAGGAAGGAGAAGUGGGUUACUCCAGACUCGCUAUUACCUGGCGGUUCUCUACUGCCACCUCUACCACUACAACCUGACUGAUGCCCAGGGCGUGUGCGACCAGCUGGUGAGAGAGCUGCUGAUCCGAUCCAGUCUUCUCCCCGAGUCCGAGCAGCGUAUUGAAGGAGACAUCACCGCAGGUCAACCAUUGGAGCGGGUGCACCCAGAUGCCGCACUUGCUGUGAUCCGAUCUAUGGGCAGGUUUAUGGCGGCAUAUUUCACCAACCAGCUGCUGUAUGUGUUUCCUCCACACAACGUCUGUGUCCUGCCUCCUCUUCAUGCCUCUACAGAUAAGCUUCCUCGAGUUGUCCCUCUGCAGCACAGUACAGUAGCCUGCAUGGUCAGAGACCAGAAUCUGUCCAGCGUCUGGACGGUGGAGUAUACUCUGGACCUGCUCCUUGUUGGCGGCCUGAUGUCAGAAGCAGCGUGGCUGGCGGACAAGCUGGGAGACUGGAAAAUGUCCGUCUCGAUGGUGGUGGCUUAUAACCUGCACAGAAGCAGCGUCGCCGAGGAACAAAAAGUAGAAUUUCCCGCGAUGCCUCUGUGUCUGACUCCUGCACACAUAUUCCAGGACAAGCUGCAGUCCUUCCUAGGACAUCCACCCGGUUUAGAAGCCAAAAAUAAGGGCCAUGCCGAAACAAAGCAAUUCACGGAUCCCAUUGAGGAAGAGGAUGCAGACAUACUGUUCAGUUCUGUGCAAGAGAUGUUGAAGGCAGCGGUAAUGGCCGAUGCAGAGAUUCUCACUGAAACCCUCCACCAACUGAUGGAGUCUGCGAAGGAACUCAGCGGAAAGCUCUCCGGGUUAGUGCCCGAGCGCUUGUAUCUCCCAGCACCACCGCUCUACUGUCCGCAGCCUUCUUCAGUCAGCGAAGAGGAUCCCAACGAUUUGCUCCUGGAGUUGGAGAAGCGCAGCCGUCAGAAACUGUCCGGCGUCCUGCAGCGUAUACUCCUGCUGUUACGUGCGGCCCAUUGCUCUCUUCCCACUGCCCAGUGGUACAUCAAGCAGAUCAAGCGAGCAAGAAAAAUCAUGCAAAAGAUUAGAGCUAAAGCUUCUCUGCCUCCUCUUGAAUCACUUCCCGAAAACUUGCUUAAUUACGCCAACAGUAGGACAGUGUUACUUAAGCCGGGACCAAGCGGUGAACCUAUGAAUAACCUGGUAUCCUGCAGUGUAAUAGUGUGUUUCAGGGAGCUGUGUGCCCUAUGCUGGAUGCUUCACGUGCGGGAGCGAUUGUCCAUCAGCUGCAGACAAUACCAGAAGGCCAGAGACAACGGCAAACUGUUUAAGAGCGCAGAUGAGGUGGAUUCCUGCGUGAUCGAACAUUGUUUCCAGGCGUUGGAGUGGGCCUGUCGCAUGCUGCCAUUCACGAGGGCUAUAAAUUGUGAAGAGCUGAUACAAGAUCUCAUCCUCAGCCUGAUCAGCGAGCUGCCUACAGUGAAGAAGGUUGCAGAGAUUAUGGUCAGAGCUUUUCCCAAUCCAGAAGACGUCCGGGUUUCCUUAAGGGAAAAGUACCAGUCAGUUCAGCAGCGAUUGAGACACUCCAAAAUAAGAGGACUCCACGGUGAGGAGAUGAUGUCCGUUAUCAUCCACAACAUGCAGAGGUCGCAGUUGAAGACUCUACGACGCAUCCAUAGAAAUAUCGGCCCGGUGGAGAUGCAUAUGUGGGAGCCCCCUCUGGAUGAAACCCUAUGGGAUGAGGCUCACUGCUAUGAUAAGUUCUCGCUGGGCACCACUAGUCUCAGCAGGAGCACGCUCACUGACCUGGGCAGGCCGCAGAUUUACAGCGACACGGACACUCUAUCUGAUGCAUUGGUGUGGAAUGGAGCAGAGGACAGAAUGGAGUCCAGCAUUCCUCCGGCUGGGGCUGUGAACCCUAGAAAGCCGAGCAAAGCUGCCAGUAAGAAACCAAGUGCAAAAAGACAAGUGUGCAGCGAGUCGGGACCUUCUCCGCCUAAAGUCGGCACCUGGGAGUUUGAGUGUAAUGAUGAGGAGUACACCAGAUUUCUAGAUCUGUUCCUCAGCUACCUCUUGGAGCGAGAUCUUCUUCAUAGCAGUGAACCGGGGAUCCCUUUCCUGACCGCGUUCUCUCCGCAGCUACGUGAACAUGAGCUGAACUCCCUCGUCUUUGACGUUCACACCACCCUGAAGCGCAAGCUGGUGAGAGCCGGGAUGAGGAGCGUGUUUAGGGCUGGAUCCUGCUUUACUUUACAGUCGGAAAGUUUAGGGGACUCUGUGGAUAUGGAGGCUGCAUCGCCUCAAACGCAAGGUGCAGCUGAGCCUUCCCAUGCCCCCUGUCCUACGGUGGUGCUGGGGAAGCCGCUCAUCUCCAGCAAGAGAUCCUUCUCCAGCCUCACCUCGGGACGGUCGGUCGGCAGUGGUCUGUUUGGUCUACAAGACCAAGGAACAAAGAAGCGUAAGGACUAUGACAUCAACCUGUCAUCUUCAUCCCUGCCGUCUGCUCCCAAACAUGAGCAGCAUACGUACAGGCUAAUCCAGGGCAAACCCUGCACCCCUAAUGAAGAACUGGGGGAGCAACAGCAGGCCAAGUACAGUCGUGAAGCCAAACUGGUCGAGUGGAUGAUCCGAUGGUCCGACCGCAGACUGUUCUGGAGCGCGGGUAAAGCAGAGCUGUGCCAUGUCCCUGCAACCACUGCAAUCCGUGUCAAGACCUCCUCCGCUGCAUUGCUCACAUCAAUAUGGCUGCUGGAGAAGCCUUACCUGGGAAACUGCUAUAUUCAACCUGUUUCCCCAGGCGAUCACCUCGUUGCUCCAGUUAUACAAAGUGAAGUUGAUUCCGAACUACAGGACAGAACCAGUGUGGUCCCCGGAUAUCUGGAGCCGGGCAGGUCUUCUCCAUACACAGUCCAUGAGCGAAAUGAUGUGUCGGAGGAGGAAAACUCUUCCCAGGCGGCGUCAUCAGAAAAAAGACUGAGAAGCCCCAAACGAAGUCCUGAGAGGCAUCCCGUUCCUCAGGAAAAGUCGCAGGACGGCGCGUCUGAAAGCUACAGUCUGGACCAAAUAUCCAUACUGUCAGAAACAGAAGACGACCAAGAAGAUGAACCCGAAACACAAAGAAGCGUGAAAAUCGCAGUCAGUAUCCGCCGUGCAGUACACGAGGGGGAGAACUUGUCCUGUGAGUCCAGACGUCAAGAUCCAGAGGAACCGAUCGUCCCGGAAAGAACUGAAGAGUCGCAACUUAGUGAGCCCCUAGUUUCUGCUGGAUGCAGUUCUCUGACCCCCCAGUCUGUCUCCAGCGCAGCGCCUUCCCUCCCGCCUCCUGCCGCAAAUAGGUCAGAACCUGCCAAUCCCGAUGGAAACCAAAAUCCUCCAUCCGUCCACAGCUCCGAAGCCGUCAGACAACUUCUUCAAGAUGAAAUGUUCAAGCUCCUACAGCUCCAGCAAAUUAACUUCAUGAGUCUGAUGCAAGUGGUGGGCUCGUCGUUCGCGGCCAUGCCAGCGCUGCAGCACGUCUUGGAGCAAACCUCCCUAAUCGGAAGGAAUCCGACAGUGAACCCUACGAGUGAUCGGCAGGUCAUUAAUCCAGUCCUACCAGCAAAUACAGCAGCAGCACCUGUGGCGGACACACCGCUGGAGGCGGAGGUAGUGCAGACAGGGAGCGCAGACACUGCUGCUGAGGAAGGGGCCAAGGACGGGCAGAGGAGCAUGAAGGAUGUGCAGAGACUUCCAGAGCUCAGCAUUCCUGCUCACCAGGAACAGAAGAUCCCAGCGAGGAUGGGAUUAUUAAUAACAGUCCCUCAUCAAGGCCUGCCCUUAAUAACCCUUCCAUCAGGACCACAGCACACAACAACUCUCAUCAGACUUCCAGCAACAACCAACCAAAAUGGAUUUCCACUGCUAAAACUGCAGCCAGAGCCCCAGUGCUUACCACUCAGACCCCCCCUCAGAGAAGCAUGGGCACCACAGAGCUCUUCCCAGAGGAUGCCCACCCCCGUUCAUCCCCCACUCAGAGAAGCAUGGGCACCACAGAGCUUUUCCCAGAGGAUGCCCGCCCCCAUUCAUCUAACCCAGCCUACAGGUGCCAGUGAUCCCAGCAGAAAACAGAAAAGCCAAAAGUGGGCAGAGCUUGUGAGUAGAGGACCCCCGAGACAUCAUAGUCACCAGCAACCACAAGUCAGGCUUCUUGGAAGUGACCAGAUCCAGACGGGAAUGCCUCUGCUCCACCUGCGCUCAGAUCCCGUGCUCUAUAUCCCACCCGUUCAGGACCUCGGCCCCAGAGCGCCAGCCUUACUGCAUCUCUCUAAAGACUUUUCUGACCCGUGCACGUCCUCGCCACUAGCAAAGAUGACAUUGCUAAAAACCAACUUACCUCAGCAAGUACAGAUUGAAGCCCAGAGAAGGGAUCCCGGCGUUACUGAAGAAAGUCUCCAGAGGGUGAAAACGAACAUCCAGCCUUCUGAAGAUGUGGCAAAAGCGGGGGACAGUAUGAAAAGGAAAAACAGGCGCACUCUGAAGGAUAAGAAUGAGAAGAAGGCAUCUGUGAAGUUCCGUGGAGAAGACUCCAUCAUUGCACCUAACAAUCUGGACGAGGUCACGCGAUCUGAGAUUGUACAUCAUGACAAGCAGGAUCUGGAAGACGGAAAUGAAUUUGUCAUUCCAUUUGGCUCUUUUGAAUCCAUGUUGUCGCAUCAGAUCCCAGAGGCUCCCAUCUCUUCUAUGGCAGAAUUACAUUUUAUAGCUUCCACGAUGAAGAGACCGCCGGAGAUUCGGGAUGCAAGCACCAACACUGACUCUGCUUCCAAAAAUGUUAAAGACAAAUGUUUGGAGUCAGAAGACUUCACCUCAGCUGCCGUUGUUCCUGAUCCAGGGUCUGUGGAAUCCCAUACGCCUCUUAAGGACUCCAGGACGAAGCUUGAAGAGUUUCCUUGCUCUGCUGCGGCCGUCUCUCAUUCGGCUCCAGAGCUGCUGCCCCCCGACUUACAGGAGCAGAUGCCCCCACAGCUAUUCUUAAAUCUUCAAUAUCCGGAUGAAUCGGAAGAGCCGCUCGGUCGUUUUGGACAUCGUAAGGAUGGAGAGAAAUUUCCAGACUCCGCUCGUCAGGAUCUUCCAUCUGCAGCUGAACUUCAUUACAUGGCGGCGUCUGCCACUAGAGCGGCGCCGCUGAUCCCAGAAGACGUCCGCCACGGAGAUAUACUGGAUAUGGCACUGACGGGGGACUAUGCUGCCGACCAGGUCACACAUCAUGUCAGGUCUUCAGAUUUGACAUUGGCCCCUAGAGUGUGGACCCCUCGCGUCAGGAGUAACGAGGCCACGUCCAGACUGAAGGAGAUGGACGCCCAGCUACAAGCGCUGCAGAACAUGGCCGAUGGCAUGGAGCAUGACUUUGCCAAUACAAAACUGCUGGUGAACACAUUGGAGACCUUAACAUCUGCAGUUCAGAUGGAGCCUAAAGACGCCCCCUCCAGAGGAGACAGACCCCCACAGAGAGUGCUGCCGUUAAGUGAUAUAAAAUUAGAAGACCUGACCGAGGAGGAUGAAUAUAACCUUACAAGCCCUGUGGGUAUCGGCUCUCGUGAGCGCCCCCUGGAGGCCUUAAUAUCUUCUAGAGGUGAUGGAGAUCACACCACAGCUCUCAGACUGUCAGAGGCCAUGGAUGAAAGCACUGUUUGGCAGGAUGCUCUGCAGAUGACCGGCCUUAGUGACAUUGCUGACAUCGUGGGUGAUCUCCUAGAUGGAGGAGCCUCUGCUUCUGAACUGGGGCUGACACCUGCCCAGGCAGAGAAGUUAUCCAGGGCGAGGCUCCAGGGGACAUCAAAGAGGACCCCGAGAGAGCGGGCGGAUCUGCUAUGGUGGAUGAAGACUAAGCAGAGGGAGCGUCUGGCCGAGCACCGGAGGAGGCUGCAGGAGCUGAGGGAGAAGGAGCACAAACCCUUCGUGUCUCAGCAGGCUGCAAACCCAUCAAAGACAACCCGGGAGAUGCAGCAUGUGAAGGGUGAGCGAGAUCGGUCUCUGUUGUCAGAGCAUCACAGUCAUCGGGUGUCAGAUGCCAUUGGUUUGAUGCAGGAAAUGUUGUCAGAAGCCAAGCAAAUUCCCUCUGCAAUUUCCCAGCCCAACACACCCCGAGUCUCCGUCUCCAGACACCAGACCUCAAAGUCUUCUCCAAAAGGGGCUCGCGGUGCAGGGCGCAGUUUGUCUGCCAACCAAGAGAAGCGCAGAUACACCUCCAGAGGCGGCGCUCCUCCAAUACGGUCCACAUCUACUCCGGCGCGGACACAAAUAAGAGGAUCAGCAACCUUUGUGCUUCCAAAGAGCAACUGGGAACCCAAAAUCCGGACUCGCAGUGCACCCAGCUACGCCGUCCAUAGGAGAUAUGAUCCGUCCCUGCCUGGUGACCGCCUUUCCCAAAUCACUCGUAGAGGGAUUCUGACUGCAAGGAACACCGGAAACAGUAAAAGUACGAAGCCUAUUCUGAUGUCCGCAGCAAAGCAAACGUCCAGACAAGAUAAGAGCAGUAAAGGAACAAGCCCGAUGUCACAAUAUGGUGAAUUCCAGCUAGAAGAAGAACAUGAAAGGGACAUUGUGAGCCCUUGGGAAAUCCCUGAUGACAUUAACAGGAUAUUAAACAGAAGCAGAAACUCAAUCCUUUCUCAGGGGUCUUUGAUCAAUGGAGAAGCAGAUUCCAAAAACCUUAACCUGGACAAUUCUUCAGAGAGCACAGGAAGUAUUCUUAGCAAGCUUGAUUGGAAAGCAAUAGAAGACAUGGUGGCCAAUGUCGGGGGUACCGAAAUAUAGCUGGAGAAGCUGCACUUUAUUGUUGGAACCCCCCCAAAGUGGACCUGUAUAGGAAUUCUGUGACAGGAAGAGCCUAAGAAUUAAAGGAACACUCUAGACCAGGGAUGCCCAACCUGCGGCCCUCCAGCUGUUGCAAAACUACAACUCCUAGCAUGCCUCAACAUUCUACAGCAGGGCAUGGUGGGAGUUGUAGUUUUACAACAGCUAGAGGGCCGCAGGUUGAGCAUGCCUGUUCUAGACAAACGGCUGCAUUGUGUUAUGCCUGAUGCUCUUGUCACGCUCCGCCCACUCAGGAGUGUUCCUUUUAACAGACACCCAUCAUCUUAAUUAGUUCCUGUGGUCUUAACUCUAGUUUUAUCUUCUGUAUGAUGUAAGGUUUUAUAAAGUUCAUUGAAUGGCUUAUUUUUCUAAAAAAAAAAAAAAAAGUUUUAUUAAUUUAUAUUGGUUUUCUAGGAGAUGAUUUAUAUUUUAUGUAAAGUUUGAAUAAAGCAGAAC